UUCUGUACCUCUUCUUCCCUUCAUUGAUUCAAUCGCCCUCCCCCUUUCACUCCGCCCGGCCGGCCGCUUCAUUUAUUCAAGCGACCAGUGGAUUUUGCAUGGAGCCCGGAGAAGGACCUUCUUCAUCCUCUGCCGCCGGCGAUCCUCCUCCUCCUCCUCCUCCUCCUCAAGCUCAGCCGCCACCGCAGCAACCUGCAGUACUGAGCCGCUACGAGUCGCAGAAGAGGCGUGACUGGAAGACGUUCCUGCAGUACCUGAAGAACCACAGGCCGCCGCUGGCGCUGGAGCGGUGCAGCGGCGCGCACGUCAUCGAGUUUCUCAAGUACCUCGACCAGUUCGGGAAGACGAAGGUGCAUAUCUCCGGGUGCACCUUCUUCGGCCAGUCCAACCCUCCCUCCUCCUGCGCCUGCCCCCUCCGCCAGGCCUGGGGCUCCCUCGACGCCCUCAUCGGCCGCCUCCGAGCCGCCCACGAGGAGGAGAGCGGCGGGAAUCAGGAGUCCAACCCCUUAGCCGCCCGCGCCGUCCGAAUCUACCUCCGCGAGGUCCGCGACGCCCAGGCCGAGGCCCGCGGCAUCCCCUACCAGAAGAAGAAGAAGAAGAAGAAACGCAAGCCGCCCUCUUCUUCCUUCCCGCCGGCUACUCCCACCUCGUCGGCGCCGGACAAAUUAUCCUCCGAUCCCUCCGGCGGCGGUUCGUCCUGAUCCGCCUCAUAAUAUUAUAUCAUAAUUAUAUUCUCCUGGUUAAUUUCCCCCGGCCACUUUUUUUCGGUUAGUAUUAUUUACCCAAACAAUUAAAUCCA